AUGGACCAUUUGUUUUGGUUGGCAAUUUUUGUUUUCAUCGCCAGUACUGUACAGAAAGAGCAUGGAUUCACCCACGCGGUAUUGCACCAAUCCAGCUUCCAAGCUUGCAGUGCCAUCUCACCCAUUGGCCAAUGUUACAAGGCAUUCCCAAGCAACUGCUUUUCAUCCACUGUAAUAGCUUCUCCGCUCUUGCAUGCGUCUGUCGCAGCUACUCCUACAAUAUACACAAGGAGGUGUAGUCCUCCGUAA